AUGGAGAAUGAGGAGAUGAAGUCAGAUUCACCGUGGUGGUAUAGUCACACAUCUCCUGAAAUUUCUAAAUCUGUUACAGAAGACGUCGAGGAAAUAGAUCAGAGUGUCAAAGAUAUGCUAGAGUUAAUUCAAUGUAAUGGAGAUUUUUCCAUGGAGAAGGUUGACAGUUAUCAUCUGAAGCAGAAUGAGUUAAUUGCUCAUGUCAAGGAAUUUUCCCGAAGGUACCAUUUGCUAGCUGAGCGUUAUAGUGGGCUAACAGGAGAAUUGCACAGGUAUGUUCAGUCUGGAACCAAAAUGCAGAAUAAUGAGGCACAAGUUUUUGGUUCUCAACAAAGCCCUUCCACAUUCACUCCAGAUAAGAAGCUGAGAAAGCAAGAAUUUGAAGGAGGCGACUUCACUUUUAAUUUAUCUGUAAGCUCUGGUAGAGGUACUUCUGAUAUAUCUCUGAAUGAAGGCUCUGGAUUUAUCAUGUUAUCAUCAGAUUCUGAUUCUGAAUCUUGCAACUCAUCUCCUAAUGACCACUUAAGUCCACCUCCUACUAGAAAAAUGCCAAAACAUGAGAUUUUGAACAUUGGGUCUCAGCUUUCUGCGUUGGAAGAUGAUGUUGACUUGACCAAACCUGACCAAUCAAGUGACACCCAAAAAGUGGUAGACUGUGGAAGGUAUGAAGAGUUGUUGAAAAGAAUCUCGACAUAUGAAGAACAACUGAGGGUUUGUAACCAAAAACUUUGGUUCUCAGAAGGCGAAAUUGCCAGAAUGAAAAGUGAACAAAAAAAGAAUGCAUCACUGUUGGUAAAAUUGGGUGGUCUGGAAACUCAGCUUGAAUCAGCAAAUAAUGAGAUAAAAAUGCACGAGGUUCAUAUGCAAACAGAGAACAUAAAGGUUUCCCAGCUACAAAUGCAAAUAGCAGUAUUGGAAAAAUCAGAGAAACGCCAAGUUCUUGAUUUGCAGGAAUGUAUGAUAAAGAACACUGCAGAUUUAGCAGAACGUGAUUCUGAAAUAAGGAAGCUGACUGCUGAACUGCAUGAUGCCUCGGAAAAUUUUGCUUCAGAGAAAGCACAGCUUGAGUCUCAUAUUUCUAAUUUGUCAGAACGUUUGACCACCCAAGAAGCAAGGACAGAGGAAUGGGAAUUGCAGUGUGAAUCAUUAGCUAAUGAGAUCGAGCAAUGUGAAGCCAACAAAAAUGAGAUGGAAAACAUGCAUGAAGCCCGAGAAGUAAGUUGGCAAGAUGAGAUUGAGAGAAUGACAAUAGAGCUAUAUGAGAAAAAUGAACGCGUGAACACUAUGAAUAAAGAUCUAGAUAGGCUGAAACUGGAGUUUGACAAGCUCCGGGCUGACAAAGACGAUCUCAAUGCUAAGUUACACACACUUCAUGCAGAGUUAAGUUUUCGUGAUAAGCAAGUUCAAGAAACAGAGGAUCGUCUGCAACAGCUGCAUUCUGAAAAUGUGCAGCUUAGAGCAGAAUCUCAAAAUGCAAAUAAGGUAACAGAUAAAUUAAGAUCUAGAGUUGAGGAAUUAGGGAAAGAGGUGGAAAGGCAGAGAGUCUUGGUCUUGGAUAGAGCUGAGGAGAAAAGGGAAGCUAUACGGCAGCUGUGUUUUACAAUAGAGCAUUAUAGAAAUUUGAAUGAAGAACUUCGUGGUGCGUUUAAGAGGCCUGCAGUUAUGGUCUCAUAA